AUGGUCUAUGCCAGCGUACUGCAGCAUUACAUUUAUAACUCCCCUCCGAAUAGCAUUCACGUUUGGAUUCAGGCACCCGCUUAUAUCCUCGUGGCGUUUUCGGAGGCGUUCAUCAUCGUUACCGGACUGGAGCUAGCCUUCACCCAGGCACCAAAGAACCUUCGAUCAGUUGUAUCUGCCCUAUUCUGGUUGACUAUUGGUGUCGCCGCCGCUAUUUGCAUUGCGCUUGCACCUGUCUCCCAAGACCCUUACCUGGUAUGGAUGUAUGGCUCUUUGGGAAUUGUUGGAUUUGUGUCCGGCUGCGCCUUUUAUGCUUGCUUCUACCCGGGACGUAAUAAAAAGAGCGCCGAGGAGGAAGUGAUUCUUGAGGGUACAGUGCCAUAG